CAGAAAGCAGCCACCUGUGAAAGAGUGAAAAAACGAGCUUGGUUUGAGCUGGUUUAAAAGGGGCCACGUACGUCACUAGGACACUCACUCCUUACUCGGAUCCAGGAUGUUGUGGAUCGGACUACUCCUUGCCUUCUUCGUCUCGAACGGUUUGUGUGCAUCAGUGGUUAAAAGACAAGUAGCUGCAGACACACAGAAUGACGCUGAACUGUGCAAAGGUCGCUCUCCAAGCGAAUACUUCCGUUUAACAGCUGAUGAAGACUGUCGAGAUGUAGUCCGCUGUUCAGUGCAGGGCUUGCUAGCCCUACGUUGUCCAUCUGGUUUAGCAUUUGACAUCGAGAGUCAGACUUGCAACUGGAAAGCUAACGUGAAAAACUGUCAACAACUUGAAAAGCCAAGAUUGGCUACUCCUCUUCUGGCAACAGAUGAACCAAUCUGCGAGAAAGGCAAAUUAGCGUGCGGAAAUGGAGAAUGCAUACAGAAGGAAUUGUUCUGUAACGGUGCUCCUGACUGCCCCGAUGGCUCCGAUGAAAAUGCUUGCACCGUGGACAAGGAUCCUAAUCGUGCUCCUCCUUGUGAUCAAAACCAGUGUGUUCUACCAGAUUGUUUCUGCUCACCUGACGGAACACAAAUCCCCGGAAAAUUGGAAGCAAAUUCUGUUCCCCAGAUGAUUACCAUUACUUUCGAUGAUGCUGUGAACAACAAUAACAUUGACAUCUACGAGCGAAUCUUCCGUGAAGGUCGAAAUAACCCAAACGGAUGUACUAUUAAAGGAACCUUCUUCGUCUCCCACAAAUAUACAAAUUAUUCAGCAGUGCAAGAGCUUCACAGAAAAGGGCAUGAGAUUGCAGCUCAUUCAAUAACGCACAGAAACGAUGAGAAAUACUGGAGCGAAGCGAAUGUUGAAGCUUGGGCCAAGGAAAUGGCUGGAGUACGUUUAAUCAUCGAAAGAUUUUCAAACAUCACUGAUAACUCAGUUGUAGGUAUCAGAGCUCCUUACUUACGAGUUGGAGGAAACAACCAGUUUUUUAUGAUGGAAGAACAAGCCUUCCUUUACGAUUCUACAAUUACAGCUCCUUUAAGUAAUCCUCCUCUUUGGCCUUACACUCUGUAUUUCCGGAUGCCCCACAAAUGUCAUGGUAACGGCCAGAAUUGUCCCACUAGAUCUCAUGCAGUUUGGGAAAUGGUUAUGAAUGAGCUGGAUCGAAGAGAUGACCCAAAUUUUGAUGAGGAACUCGCAGGCUGCGCCAUGGUAGACAGCUGCAGCAAUCUUUUAACCGGUGAACAGUUCUAUAAUUUCCUAAAUCACAAUUUGGAAAGGCAUUAUCGUACAAACAGAGCCCCCCUUGGUCUGUUUUUCCACGCUGGAUGGCUUAAAUUGAACCAGGAAUUUAAUGACGCUCUCAUACAGUGGGUCGAUGAGAUGUUAGACAAGAACGAUAUCUACUUCGUCACCAUGACGCAAGUUCUGCAAUGGAUGCAGUCACCAACUGAGUUAUCUUCUAUCAGAGAUUUCGCACCCUGGAAAGAAAAGUGUGAAGUGAAAGGGCAGCCACUUUGUUCUUUGCCAAACGCAUGCCCACUCACAACUCGGGAAUUGCCAGGAGAAACAAUUCGUCUGCACACUUGUAUUGAAUGCCCUCAGAACUAUCCAUGGUUAGAAGAUCCAACUGGGGACUAUUUUGCUUUUAAGAAGUAAUUGCAUCAAUACUUAGACAUUUACAUCAAACUCUGAUAUGCUUGUACAGAAAAUAAAAGUCACAACUACUUUUUUUUUUAA